AUGGCUAUGCGAUCUGACAUUGAACACUACGAUGCCCCCGUUUCGGGCGGUGCGUCGAACGAAGGCGAUAAUGCCAUCGAGAAGGGUCAUAUCAUCAGCAACUCGAAUGUCAAACAUCAUGUCCUGGUCGACCUAGUCCACGAGAUUGCCACAAACGAUCCUGAGAGGGUCUUUACCUAUACUCCAUCGUCUUCUAAUCCUCAAGACGGAUGGAAACCAGUAACCCUCCUCCAACUCGCAAACGCCGUCGACUACCUCGCCCACGACAUCUCCAAAACCGUUACCAAAUCCUCAGAUGACGAAGUCCCAACCGUGGCAUAUAUCGGCCCUAACGACUUUCGAUACACGGCUAUUCUGAUAGCUUGUGUCAAAGCUGGUUGUAAGGCCCUCUUUAUCUCUCCGCGAAACACCCCCGCCGUUCAGCUCUCCCUUUUCGAAGCUACGGAUUGUCGAUAUCUUUACACAACCGAGUCGUUCAGAUCGGCCAUGCAGCCUUGUGUCGAUCAACGAACAAUGGAAGUGGCCAUGAUCGAGAGUAUUGAUCAUCUCCUGACAGCAACUCCCACGCCAUUUCCCUACAGCAGAACUAUCGAACAGGCGCGAUGGGACCCCCUUGUUGUUCUUCAUACAAGUGGUUCCACUGGAGUCCCCAAGCCUGUCUUCUUGAAACAAGGUAUCUUGUACGCCUUUGAAGAGUGUCUCAACCUGCCCAAGUUUCAUGGUUCUUCAUAUAUAUUCAAUGAGUGGGCCGAACGGGCGAACAAGAUCUUGAUGGGGAUGCCCAUGUAUCAUGCUGCAGGAACGUAUCUCCCUCUAAGCUUCAUAUACACGGGUCUCUCUGCGGUUAUGCCGUUCCCAAAUCAGCCUUUGAAUGUCGAUACAGCCAUGGAUUACCUGAACCACAGUGGUGCCGAUGGCACGAUGCUGCCCCCUUCUGUUAUCGAUGAAUUAGCAGCUACUGAAGAGGGUACGGAGGCUUUGGUCAAGCUCAAACUCGUUAUUACUGGCGGAGGGAGCCUGUCAACCGAGGCCGGGAACAGGUUAGCAGAGAGGGGUGUCGUCUUGAGGAACGUCAUUUCAUCAACUGAACUGUUUCCUUUGGCUCCUUACAGUCCCCAAGACCCCAAACUGUGGCGAUACUUCAUAUUUGACGCUGAAGCCAUGGACAUUGACUGGCAACGCCAUGCCUCGAAUGAGUAUGAGCUUGUAGUCCGUCGCAAGGCAUCGGAUCCUGGCUCGCAAGGAUGUUUCUACAACUUCCCUGAAUUAUCCGAAUGGCGUACCAACGACAUUUUUGAACCUCACCCAACGCUCAAGGAUCACUGGCUAUACAAAGGUCGGGCCGAUGACAUCAUUGUUUUUUCGAAUGGUGAGAAGCUGAAUCCACUUACGAUUGAAGGAAUCGUCUCGGACCAUCCUCUCGUCAAAUCAGCUCUUGUCGUCGGUCAGGGAAUGUUUCAGGCAGCUCUCAUCAUCGAGCCUAUCGCGGAGGCCCAACCGAAAGACGAGACUGAGACGAAGGCUCUGCUCGACAAGAUCUGGCCGGCAAUUGAGAAGGCUAAUGCUGAAACCGUGGCUCACGGACGAAUCGCCGCGAAUCUUGUCGCUUUUGCUGACCCUGCUUUACCGUUUGCUCGCGCUGACAAGGGCACUGUGCAGCGUGGUAAGACUGUCAACCUGUACGCUGACUUCAUUGCGGCUUUGUAUCAGAAGGCUGAGAUGCUUGGAGAUGGUCCAUCCAUCACCCUUGACUUCAACAACGACGACGCCUUGACGGGAUCUAUCAUCAGUGUCUUUGUCACCAACCUUGGGGUUGAGAAACUCGAACCGGAUACAGACUUCUUUUCUGUCGGUGUUGACUCCUUGCAAGUAAUGACUGCGGCGAAUUUAAUGCGAGGUGCUUUGCAUAGAGCUGGUAUCAACGCCUCGACAAUCGCACCACCUAUCAUCUACCGCAAUCCUACUGCUAAGGGGCUGGCUGAGUACAUCCAGUCCUUGCGAAGUGGUGCUAGUGUAGACGACGAAGAGACGCAUGAGAUCAAUCAGAUCAAGGAGCAGGUCUCAAAGUACACCAAGAACCUCCCACCGCCUAAGAAGGGAAAGCAGGCGCCUCUAGACGACGAUCAAACAGUCGUCGUCACGGGUACAACAGGUUCUCUGGGAGCUUAUAUGCUUGACCAGCUUUGCCGCUUGGAGAAUGUCAAGAAGAUAAUCGCUCUCAACAGAAGUGACGAUGGUGGCGUAUCUCGACAGCCUUCAAUCAACGAAUUCCGUGGCUUGACAACUGAUUUCUCCAAAGUCGAGUUCCUCCACGCCGAUCUGUCGCUCCCUGACCUUGGCGUGGAAAAGUCCAAGUACGAUUCUCUUCUAGCUGAUGUCGAUCGUGUCAUUCACAACGCUUGGCCUGUGAACUUCAAGUUCACCAUGUCUUCCUUUGAGAGCCAUGUUCGAGGCGUUCGACAUCUCGUCGACUUUUCUUUUGCAGCUUCCAAGAACGUACCUAUCAUCUUCAUCUCGAGUAUCGGAACUGUCGACCGAUGGUCCUCACCCGACGCUGUCCCCGAGAAGGCGUUGCAUGACCUGACCUUGCCUAGUAUGGCGUAUGGCCGAUCCAAGCUAGCUGCUAGUCUCAUACUCGACGCAGCUGCGGAGGAGUCUAGAAUUCCGACCGUUUCUGUGAGAGUUGGGCAGAUUGCGGGCUCAAGGGGCGAGAAGGGUCUGUGGAACCGUCAAGAGAUGAUUCCAAGCAUGAUUGCAAGCUCAGUGUAUCUUGGAGUCUUGCCUGACAAUCUCGGCGCACAGCAGGAGAUUGCUUGGACUCCCAUUGAGGAUAUUUCAGGGCUUAUUCUCGACGUUGCAGGUAUCACGGUUCAGAAACCUAUCUCUGAGAUUUCUGGAUACUUCCAUGGUGUCAAUCCUGCCACGACCAGUUGGUCCGACAUCGCUCCGGCAGUAAAGGACUUCUAUGGCGACAGGAUGAAGUUGGGCAGUGUUGGAGAAUGGAUUGAGAGGUUGGAGGCUAGUGCCAAGGAGGAGAAUGUGGACUUUGAUAAGAAUCCAGGUGUCAAGCUUCUGGAUACGUAUCGAGGAUUGUUUGCGGUAGGGGAGGAGGUUCAGCCGGUUAAGUACGGGAUGGAGAAGACCAAGAGUCACAGUCCGACGAUGAGAGAACUUGGGCCGAUUACACCCGAGCUGAUGAAGAACUGGUGUCGCCAGUGGGGGUUUUAG